AUGGCAUUUUACGAGUACAAUGAGAGCAAUCAAAGAGUCCUCUUUGGAGAAGACAGCCUUUCCAAACUCCCCUCUGAGCUGGCCAAACUUGGUUGUUCCAAACCGCUCAUCCUAACAACGCCUACCAAGACGUCCUACGUCGAUGAUGUCGCCGAGCUUUUGAACGGCCAGAUCGCUGGCUCCUUCACUCGAGUCACAAUGCACACCCCCAAAGAGGUCACAGAAGAGGCAUUGGAGCAUUCCAAGUCUGUUGAUGCUGAUUGCUUCGUGUCAAUCGGUGGCGGAAGUGCCGUUGGCCUUGGUAAAGCAUUGUUUGUUCGGACUGGAUUGCCUCACAUCUGCAUCCCGACUACAUAUGCAGGUAGCGAGAUGACUCCAAUCGUGGGCCAAACGGAGAAUCGGAUAAAAGUUACUCAUGUUGAUCGGAAGGCAAUUCCAGCGGUAGUCAUUUACGAUGUGAAGUUGACAUUGACCCUGCCCACUGAUAUAAGCGCAACAAGCGGCCUCAAUGCAAUGGCUCAUGCUGUGGAGGCUCUGUAUGCUCAAGACGCCAACCCGAUUACAAGCGUGUUUGCCAUCAAAGGUAUCCAGACCUUGGCCAGUUCGCUUCCCCAAAUAAUGAAUAAUCCCAAAGAUAUCGCCGCUCGCUCAGAUGCACUGCUUGGUGCUUGGCUCUGCGGCAAAUGUCUUGCUGGGGCGAGUGUAUCCCUGCACCAUAAACUCUGCCAUGUCCUCGGGGGCACCUUCAAUUUGCCUCACGCCGAAACACAUGCCAUCAUUUUGCCACAUGCACUGGCAUAUAUCGCCCCAAGCAUACCUAAUGUCAUGAAAGAGUUGGCAGAAAGUAUUCCUAAUAGUGAUGGCAAUGCGGUCAAUGGUCUGAAUAGAUUGGUAUCUAAGUUGGGGAUUACCUAUAGCUUGAAGGAUCUUGGGAUGAAAGCGGAAGAUAUCGAAUUGGCGGUAGAGACUCUGCUGAAGAAGCCAUUUUGGAGUCCAAGACAGAUUGAGAGUGAUGCAAUUCGUGAGCUACUGAAGCGAGCAUGGGAGGGAAAACCAGCUCAGAUAGCAUAA